CCAGCAGCCUCCUGAAGCGGAUCCUCUCCGGAGGCUCAACAGUUCAACUCUCGGCGAGCAGUGAGGAGGACCGAGCUGCUGCUGCCGCCGAGGAUGUGAACAAACACCGGGCUGUAGCGACACGUUUCACGGGGACCAGUCAGCUGCAGCAGCAUUGCUACUCUUGAUUUUUAAUUUUUUAAUUUUUCGCAUUUGUGAGCCACCGCUAUGGCAGAUCAGUUCACAUCCGGGCCACACUGCCUUGACUCCAUUAUAGUCUAAAGCUGGCGGAGAGGUUGAUAAAACCUUGUUAUUUAUUUUUUUAUUAACAGCUAAGGACACAUUUUUUUAUUAGGAGCAGUGAAGGAACCAGGAGGAGAUGUCUAACCAAGGAGUCCGGCGGAACGGCCCUGUGAAGCUGCGACUAACAGUCCUCUGCGCCAAAAACCUGGUGAAGAAGGACUUCUUCCGCCUCCCCGAUCCCUUUGCCAAGGUCGUUGUGGAUGGUUCAGGCCAAUGCCACUCGACAGACACUGUGAGGAACACACUCGACCCAAAGUGGAAUCAACACUAUGACCUAUACAUCGGAAAAUCAGACUCCAUCACCAUCAGUGUGUGGAAUCACAAGAAGAUUCACAAGAAGCAAGGGGCUGGGUUCCUGGGCUGUGUCCGCCUUCUGUCCAACGCAAUCAACCGCCUUAAAGACACAGGCUGUAAGUACCAGAGACUAGACUUGAACAAGCUGAGUCCCAAUGACAGUGACACAGUCAGAGGCCAGAUAGUGGUGAGCCUGCAGUCUAGGGACCGGAUAGGCAGCGGAGGCCCUGUGGUGGACUGCAGUCGGCUGUUUGACAAUGAUCUCCCCGAUGGCUGGGAGGAAAGGAGGACCGCGUCUGGACGAAUCCAGUACUUGAACCACAUCACACGCACCACACAGUGGGAGAGGCCUACCAGGCCUGCGUCAGAGUACUCCAGCCCUGGCCGGCCUCUCAGCUGCAUCGUGGACGAGAACACGCCCGUCACCACGAACGGGGCCACGCCCACCACAGUGCUGCCGCCCAUCGACGGUGACCACCGGGCCCAGGAGAGACGGGUCCGCUCCCAGAGGCACCGCAACUACAUGAGCAGAACUCACCUGCACACGCCCCCGGACCUCCCUGAGGGAUAUGAGCAGAGGACCACGCAGCAAGGCCAAGUGUACUUUCUCCACACUCAGACGGGGGUCAGCACGUGGCAUGACCCCAGAGUACCAAGAGAUCUGAGUAAUGUGAACUGUGAGGAACUGGGUCCUCUACCUCCUGGAUGGGAGAUAAGGAACACCGCCACCGGGAGGGUUUACUUCGUCGACCACAACAACCGAACCACGCAGUUUACAGACCCACGCCUCUCCGCCAACCUGCAUCUUGUCCUAAAUCCAAGUCCAAGCCCAAGCCCAAAUGGUUCUCGAGGAGGCAUCGAAAGUCAGAAUGUCAGUCGUCAGAACCAGUUGAAGGAUCAGGCCCAGCAGGCUCUGGUGUCCCCCAGUCAGCUCCCAGAGGAGGCCGAGUGCCUCACGGUGCCAAAGUACAAGAGGGACCUUGUUCAGAAGCUCAAGAUCCUCCGCCAGGAACUGUCCCAGCAGCAGCCUCAGGCCGGCCACUGCCGCAUCGAGGUGUCCCGCGAGGAGAUCUUCGAGGAGUCUUAUCGCCAGGUGAUGAAGAUGAGGCCGAAGGACCUGUGGAAACGGCUAAUGGUGAAGUUCAGAGGGGAGGAGGGGCUCGAUUACGGAGGAGUGGCCAGGGAGUGGCUUUAUCUGCUGUCGCACGAGAUGCUGAACCCGUACUACGGCCUGUUCCAGUACUCCCGCGAUGACAUCUACACACUGCAGAUAAACCCUGACUCUGCCGUCAACCCUGAGCACUUGUCAUACUUUCACUUUGUUGGCCGUAUCAUGGGGAUGGCAGUGUUCCACGGCCACUACAUCGACGGAGGCUUUACUCUGCCCUUCUACAAACAGCUGCUGGGUAAACCCAUCACCCUGGAUGACAUGGAGUCUGUUGACCCUGACCUGCACAACAGCCUCGUGUGGAUCCUGGACAACGACAUCACAGGUGUGCUGGACCACACCUUCUGCGUGGAACACAACGCCUACGGAGAGAUCAUCCAGCAUGAGCUCAAGCCCAACGGUAAGAGCAUCCCCGUCAGCCAGGACACCAAGAAAGAGUAUGUGCGGCUCUACGUCAACUGGCGUUUUCUGCGAGGCAUCGAGGCCCAAUUCCUGGCUCUGCAGAAGGGCUUCAAUGAGGUCAUCCCCCAACACCUGCUCAAGGCUUUCGAUGAGAAGGAGCUAGAGCUGAUCGUAUGUGGACUGGGUAAAAUCGACAUCAAUGACUGGAAGUCCAACACGCGGCUCAAGCACUGCACCCCAGAAAGCAACAUUGUCAAAUGGUUCUGGAAAGCCGUGGAGUCCUUCGACGAGGAGCGCAGAGCCCGGCUGCUGCAGUUUGUCACCGGCUCCUCCAGAGUUCCCCUACAAGGCUUCAAGGCCCUUCAAGGUGCUGCUGGCCCACGACUCUUUACCAUCCACCAGAUCGAUGCCAGCACCAACAACCUGCCCAAAGCCCACACCUGUUUUAACCGGAUUGACAUUCCUCCCUACGAGCAAUAUGACAAACUGUAUGACAAGUUGCUCACUGCCAUCGAGGAGACGUGCGGCUUCGCUGUGGAGUGAGUCACUGACGCAGGAAGAACUCAGCUACGACCAGAAGCAACAUGGUUUGGCCAUGUCGACCCCCUCUCCCCUCCUAAAAAACCAUCCACUCCAACGGGGGUCUUCCACGGUUGCUUCACCCAGGGACGCCCAUACUUCCCUGGGACAUGUGGCCAAGCUAAGGGACGGUGGGCAGAGAAGACCAGAAAAUGUCACCUGACUGGUUUUUCCUUUUCGACCCUCCAGCCCUCCUUCACGUCUUUUUUUUUUUUUAUUGAAAAGGAUCUCUUCAGCUGCUAAUAACUCAGACUAUUUACUAACCCGUGGAACCUGCAAAGUCGCUGGCUCUUCCCUUUUGUAUCUAAGUUCAUUUUAGCAUUUAAAAAAAAAAAAAAAAAAUAGACUAUUCCAUGUAGCAAUGCUCCAUCUUACCAA